CGUAUAAUGAGCUUGGCCCUAGUUUCGCCAAACAGAGAUUUACUAAUAACGUGCACGUGACUCGAUUGUAUUUCCAUAUAAAAUACCGUUGCCGCCUAUUAUGUAAGGCAGUAAAUUGUAUUUACAGUCAAUAACUAUGCAUAACUUAUAGUUAACGGGCACCGGCGCCGCCUGCCACAGCGUUGACAGUCUGAACAACAAGAUCUCCUCCAUGUGUUGGUACUCUGACAAUUCCGAGACGAACCCACGACCAAAUGCUCAGUAUGUAUCAAGGGACCGGCUGUACCGGGACCUACUAUGGUCAGAAUUGGCAUUCUAUUUAAGUGGCUGGCGAGAGGUUACGGAGAGAUGGGGUGUGUGGUCGCGGAGAAAUGGCGCUCUUCUCCGUCUCCCAACUACUCCGCAACCAUGAUAUUUAAUUUCACAAUAUAUUGAGGUAAAGAGUGAUAUAACUUCUGAGCUCAUCUGUGAAGAUUGGGUCUUGGUGAAGAUCUAAUCGUUUACCCCGCGAUCAUCACAGCUAUUACUUCCCCACAUAUAGCUCAGGUAGCGUCAGUCACUCUUAUCUUAUCUGACCAAUACUUGGUUUGACGCGCCGCGACUUCGCGUUCAGUCACUGAAAAAGAUCAACCAACGAUCAAGAAACCACCAUGGCGCCUACCAACGUGGAAUUGUUCGAUGAAGAUGAUGCCCCUAUCAUCAAUCCGUACGAGGUUCUCGGAAUCGAGAAAACUGCAACGGCCAAUGAAGUCAAAUCCGCGUACCGCAAAGCAGCGCUGAAGAACCAUCCAGACAAAGUCCCAGCCUCAGACAAAGAAUUUGCAACUAAAACCUUCCAAACCAUCGCCUUCGCCUACGCCGUCCUCUCCUCCCCAACGCGACGUGCUCACUACGACCGCACCGGCUCCACAUCCGAAGCCCUCUCCUCAUCCGACGACUUCUCCUGGUCCUCCUUCUACCGCGCACAGUACGAAGAUGUCGUCUCUGACGUGGCCAUCGAGGCUUUCGCAGCGAAAUACAAAAACUCGGAAGAGGAGAAAGAUGAUGUGCUUGCUGCGUACGAGAAGGGGGAGGGGGAUAUGGAUGUGGUUUAUGAGAUGGUUAUGCUGAGUGAUGUGGUGGUGGAUGAUAAGAGGUUUAGGGAGAUCAUCAACGAUGCUAUACGAGAGGAGAAGGUAGAGGCAUACAAUAAGUUUACGAAGGAAUCGAAGAGCUCGAAGAGGGAACGGACCAAGGCAGCCAAGGACGAGGCGAACGAGGCGAUGGAGUAUGCAGAGGAGCUGGGGAUCAAGGAUAAGCUGUUUGGUGGGAAGAAAUCCAAGAAGGACGAUGGACAGGACGGCUUGAAGGCUUUGAUUAUGAAGAGGCAGCAGGAUCUCCAGGAGCAGGGUGACGGGUUUUUGGACAGGCUGGCGGCGAAAUAUGCGGAGCCGGAGAAGAAGGGGAAGCGGGGUGGGAAGGGGAGGAAGAAGACUGUGGUGGAGGAUGAGCCUACCGAGGAGGACUUCCAAAAGGCCUCAGCGCGGUUGGGGGGGAAGUCACGAAGCAAGGCGGACGAUGAUGAUAAGAAUACUGAAGGGAGGAGGUCGAAAAGGGUAAAACGAUGAUAUCACUGGGGGUGAUAGAUAGUACUGGAAGCUAUCUGAGACGGCUUUACUCUACGUAUAAUCAACAGCAGUUGGGGAAAUCGAUUUCAACUACAUGCAGUGUAUACAUGCAUGCAUCUUGGCACACAGGUGGCGCAGAGGCUAACAUUGUUAUCUCAUACCAGCUUAUUCUAGGACAGCGUCUGCGCGCUUUGUGCCUUUGGACAGUGACGUGUAUCACUGUUGAGACCACGCAACAACUGUGCUGCGCCACUCUUUCUCAUAUUGAGCGGGAGUGGUUGAUUCGCCAUGCACUGGAAGCACUGGGCACUUGCAUCUGAAAGGCCUCUUGGCAGCGCAAUACCGAGUUCAGCUCAACCUUGGACUGGAGUACGCCCAGAAUGUCAAGAAGGGACAAGCAGUGCUGCCGUCUAUACCUGCACGUAUGUCUGCUAGCUAUGUUUGCGAUGAGGCACAAGACUGUCCAGUAGCAAAUACACACAGUAUGGUCAGUAUAACAGUCAGUAUAACAGUCAGUAUAACAGUCAGUAUAACAGUCAGUAUAACAGUCAGUAUAACAAUCAGUAUAACAGUCAGUAUAACAGUCAGUAUAACAGU